AAAUUGAAACCGUAGGGUUUUGUUGUUUGGUUUGAUUUCUGGAUUGAAGCUCCACUGAUCACUACUCAAUAAUCAGUUUAAAGCUUAGAAAAUUGCAGAUAUGCAUCCGUAAGUUCUCAGCAUGAAGUAGAUUUGAUACCUUACAGGUACCGGCAUUGCCCUGUAAUUGAGCGCCAUUGAAAUGGACGGAGGACCAGCAACUUCACCGUUGACUAUAAAGCCCAUAAACAAGGGCGUCGUGCAUAGAAUUUGUGCUGGUCAAGUUAUUCUGGACCUUUCCUCCGCCGUCAAGGAGUUGGUUGAGAACAGCUUGGACGCCGGUGCCACCAGCAUCGAGGUUUCGCUCAAAGACUAUGGCGCUGAAUCCUUCCAGGUUAUCGACAACGGUUGUGGCAUCUCGCCUAACAAUUUCAAGGUACUGGCGCUAAAACAUCAUACCUCAAAACUAUCAGAUUUUCCUGAUCUUCAGUCAUUAGCGACUUUUGGAUUUAGAGGGGAGGCAUUGAGUUCACUUUGUGCUUUAGGGGAUUUGACGGUUGAAACAAGAACAAAGAAUGAGCAAGUGGCGACACACUUGACUUUUGAUCGUACGGGCCUUCUGAUUGCUGAAAGGAACACAGCUCGCCAAGUUGGUACCACUGUCACUGUUAAGAAGUUGUUCUCCACUUUACCAGUGCGAAGUAAAGAGUUUCACCGCAACAUCCGAAAGGAAUAUGGAAAGCUUAUUACAUUGCUGAAUGCCUAUGCUCUUAUUUCUAAGGGAGUCAGAAUAGUUUGCACCAACACAGCUGUAAGAAAUGCAAAGUCUGUAGUUCUGAAGACUCAGGGAAGUGGAUCCCUGAAAGAUAACAUCAUAACAGUAUUUGGUAUGAGUACCUUUACUUGUCUGGAGCCUCUCAAAGUAUGUACUUCUGAUGGUUGCACAGUUGAAGGAUUCAUUUCUAAGCCUGGUUAUGGUAGUGGACGCAAUAUAGGAGAUCGACAAUACUUUUUUGUGAAUGGACGGCCAGUAGAUAUGCCAAAAAUUGGCAAGCUUGUUAAUGAGUUGUACAGAGGUGCAAACUCUCGACAAUAUCCCAUUGCAAUCAUGGACUUCACGAUCCCACCCAGAGCAUUUGAUGUCAACGUAACUCCUGAUAAAAGAAAAAUAUUUCUAUCCGAUGAAGGCUCCAUAUUGCAUUCUUUGAGAGAAGCUUUAGAGAAGAUAUACUCAUCUAAUCAUGCUAGUUAUGCUGUUAAUAGUUUCCAAGAGGUUUUUGAAGAAAAACAUACAUCCACUCAUUCCCAACUUGAGGCCUUUCAGUUUCAAUCCAAGCAAUUAUUGUCAGAUAGCGAUGAUACUCAGGAAGGUGACUGCAUUGGGGAGCUACGUAAAGAUGGUCACUAUCUCAAAAAACCUCUAAAGGAAUUAAAAGAUACUUCUGUCACGGCGAUGUUAAAUGAUGGAAACAGGUCAACAGAGAAAGACUUCAGUCUUCGAUUCCAUGGAAAGAAGAAAGAUAAUCGCAGUUCCAGAAGUCCCUGGAAGGAAGUCGGAGGUCUGAUUACUGCUGAUAGACAAGCACUCAGCUCAGGAUCAAAAGAUAAAAGCUGUAUCGAUAAUGCACAUUAUGUGGAUCGUGCAACCAUUGUCCAGUCAUCACUCACCAAAUUUGUUACAGUAAAUAAGAGAAAGCACGAGAGUAUGAGUACUGCGUUAUCUGAGGUACCUCUCCUGAGAAAUAGAUUGACUGUAUGUCCUUCAGGAGAAGACAAUUCUUUGAAGGAUACGACAUCCUUAAAAUCUCCAGAUAAUCCAGUUAAGGCUGAUAACUGUGAUGAAGUAACCUGUGAUAAGUCUGGAUCUUCCAAGUUCACAAAGAUAGAUAGAUUUCUUCAUCAAAUGAAGCAGUCAAGAACGGACACAGUCCUUGAUCAAACAAAUAAUUUUUCUCGACCUGGAAAUAGUAUACAAAAUGGAAAAUUUGAGGAGGAGCAUGAGGUUCAAAUGAACGAAUUAUGUGUGACUGAAUCAGUGCUUGUUAAUUCUACUUGCAACAACAUUCACGAUGUGUCAGAAAAUAUGGUAGAUGCUGUUUCUUUUGAACAGCCUGCUAGUCUGACUUUGGAUGCUCCUAAGGCUUCAUCUGAUUUAAAGAUUGGUUCGACAUUGCAAUUUAGUGUGAACGACCUCAUAUCAAGAAGGAAGCAGAGACUGUCAAGAAUGCAACUCCUUAAUCGUACAUCUCAAAGAAUGAAAACAAAAAGUAGGGAUUAUGCUGCAGCAACCCUGGAGCUCACUGAAUCAGAAAAUGAAGAGGCCAAGGAAAAGGCUUUGAUCGCUGCUACCAGUGAGCUGGAGAGACUUUUCAAGAAAGAAGAUUUUACUAAAAUGAAGGUGAUUGGGCAAUUCAAUCUUGGAUUCAUUAUAGGCAGGUUGGAUGAGGACCUUUUUAUUGUUGAUCAGCAUGCCGCAGACGAGAAGUAUAAUUUUGAGCGUCUGUCACAGUCAACUAUCUUGAAUCAACAACCUUUGCUUCGGCCCUUGAAGAUGGAGUUAUCUCCUGAAGAAGAAAUAGUUAUUUCCAUCCACAAUGAUACUUUCAGGAAAAAUGGUUUUCUAUUGGAAGAGGAUCUGCAUGCUCCUCCAGGGCAUCGAUUUAAGCUAAAAGCAGUUCCCUUCAGCAAAAAUAUAACGUUUGGAGUCGCAGAUGUGAAAGAACUCAUUUCCAUUCUUGCCGAUAGUCAGGAAGAAUGUUCCAUGAUGGGUACUUAUAAGGAUGAUACCGCCGAUUCACUAUGUCCUCCUAGAGUUCGUGCAAUGUUGGCAUCACGUGCCUGCAAAUCAUCUAUUGUUAUUGGAGAUCCACUUGGGAGAAAUGAGAUGCAAAAGAUACUUGACAAUCUAUCACGACUCAGGUCUCCGUGGAAUUGUCCACAUGGUAGACCAACAAUGCGUCACUUGGUUGAUCUGAGGACUGUACAUAGAAGAAUAGAAGCGGAUGAGUAUGAGACCACUUUAUAAACUCCUCAAGUGGGUACUUCUUUCUGUAAGUUAUUAAGACUGCAUUUUGCCUACAACUAUCAUAUGUUAAUUGAGAACGCAGAAAGAGGUCUUUUGCUUAACAUCUACUACUUCCUUUUUCGUUUUUGUUUAAAGAAUCUUUAUUACAUUA